AUGACACCCCUGCAUCAGCGACACAGCAACCGCGCGCGGAGCCGUGACAGCGCAUUUGGCGGGGACGUUUGUACGCCAGCCGUCCCCCCCGCCAACGCACUCAGCGUUUACCCCGUCACGGUGCAACGUUUCCCCCCGGACACCAACUCUCCGUGCGGAUCAUUUACUCACCUGCCUGUGAAAGAAAUCCCAUCACAUGCGUUUGAAGGACUUAGAGAUGCCUUCAUCAUUGAGAUCUCUCAGAGCGACUCCCUAGAGAGAAUAGAAGCGAGUGCAUUUGACAGCCUUCCCACUUUGUCUGAAAUACUAAUCCUGAACACAAAAAAUCUAUUGCACAUCGAGGACGGAGCGUUCAGAAACCUGCCGAAGCUAAAAUACUUGAGCAUUAGUAACACUGGAAUAAGGCAAUUUCCGGAUCUGACACAGAUCUUCUCAUUAGAAGCUCAUUUUAUCUUAGAGCUCUGCGAUAACUUGCGUAUGACAACUAUACCACAAAAUGCUUUCCAGGGGAUGAACAACGAAUCGCUGACACUCAAAUUAUAUAAAAAUGGAUUUGAAGAUAUCCACAGCCACGCCUUCAAUGGGACAAAGCUGAAUCAAUUAAUACUGAAGGACAAUAAGAACCUCAGGCGGAUACACAACGAUGCCCUGAGAGGAGCCACAGGGCCAGAUGUCCUGGAUGUUUCUUCAACGGCGCUGGAGUCCCUGCCUAGCUACGGGCUCGAGGCCAUUCAAGUCUUAAAUGCAACGUCAUCUUACUCGUUAAAGAGACUGCCACCACUGGAGAAAUUCAGCAGUCUUCUGGAAGCUGUUCUGACGUCCCCCAGCCACUGCUGUGCUUUUCGAAAUCUAAGGACAGAAAAAAAAAAUUCAUUGCUUUCCAUUUUUGACGACUUCUCCAAAGAGUGUGAAAGCACCAUGAGGAAACCAACUAAUGGAAUAUUCUACUCAGCCAUUUUCGAUGACAGCGAAAUGACCGGCUUCGACUUCGAGUAUGACUUCUGUCAGCCUCAGAUACUCACAUGCACUCCGGAACCAGAUGCAUUUAAUCCCUGUGAAGACAUCCUGGGAUACAGCUUUCUCAGAGUCCUGAUCUGGUUUAUAAACAUCCUGGCCAUCGCUGGCAACUUCACUGUACUCCUCGUUCUCACCACCAGCCAUUACAAGCUCACUGUUCCUCGCUUCCUCAUGUGCAACCUCUCUUUUGCCGAUUUCUGCAUGGGCCUUUAUCUGCUGCUCAUUGCUUCUGUUGAUGCCCAGACCAGAGGUCAGUACUACAACCACGCCAUAGACUGGCAGACAGGCAGCGGCUGCAGCACUGCCGGCUUUUUCACCGUGUUUGCAAGCGAGCUCUCGGUGUACACGCUGACGGUGAUCACUGUAGAAAGGUGGCAUACGAUCACCUACGCCAUGCAGCUGGAUCGAAAGCUACGCCUGAGGCACGCGGUGCCGAUCAUGCUCGGUGGCUGGAUAUUCUCCCUUUUGAUAGCGGUGCUGCCUCUCUUAGGGGUCAGCAGCUACAUGAAGGUCAGCAUUUGUUUACCCAUGGACAUUGAAACGGGUCUUUCCCAAGCCUACAUACUGCUGAUCUUAGUGCUAAAUGUUGUCGCCUUCAUUGUCAUUUGUGCUUGCUACAUUAAGAUUUACAUAGCUGUUCAGAAUCCAGAGCUGGUAGCUGCCAAUAAAGAUACCAAGGUUGCCAAGAGGAUGGCAAUACUGAUCUUCACGGAUUUUACCUGCAUGGCCCCCAUCUCCUUUUUUGCCAUAUCCGCUGCCUUUAAAGUACCUCUCAUCACAGUGACAAACUCCAAGAUCUUGCUAGUUUUAUUUUACCCUGUCAACUCCUGUGCAAAUCCAUUUCUCUACGCAAUUUGUAAGGGCCGAGCAGAGCUUCACAGGAUGAACUACUUCUCUGCUUAUACCUCCAACUGCAAGAACGGCAGCUCAGCCACAGCCCCCAGCAAAGCCUCACAAGCGCUGCUGCUUUUGUCAGCGUUAGAGAAGCCGUAUCCUGCAGUACCAGGCAAGACGUCUUACAAUGAAAAUUAA